UAUUAUCGCAGACUUGGUGCGUGUUAACGCUGCAAAAACAACAUGGCGGUUUGUAAUAGCAGGCAGCUAAUGGCUAAGUGAAAACGAAACAGUCUGGAUCUAUCUACAAAGUAUAUUGUAGUUCCGAGGCUUGGUUUGAUUAGAUAAAGAAAAGAAAAGGCGUUUCUUGCUUACUGUAGAGUGCACUGGAAACAAGGCAGCAGUAAGGAGCCUUCACGCUUUGGACUUCACGCUGGCUAACGUGUGAGCAAUGUAUGCCUGUUCAAAUGUAAACAUCCGGCUGCUGCUCCGCGCAUGUAUGUGUCGUGUAAAGCAGCUUGUUUUCAAUUUUAAAUCUCUACCGCCACCUGAUUAAUCAGUAGUUAUCGGUGUAAGCCUGGUUUGCUUGGAUUAUAUUGUCCGGAGAUAUUUUAUAUAACACGUUGGGUUUAAGUUCCAGAGAUAACCCAGUCUGGAAGUUUGCUGUUGCUAGUUAGUCUGGAUUUGUAUCUGACCUUUGGCUUCGUGCAAGCUGCCACACUUCUGAUCAAUAUGUUCAUACAGUGGAGAUUAAAAUGUGGAGCAGAAAUGUUCAAGGAUGAUUUCCAAGUGAUUUUACUCGAGUGAAGUGAACUGACUGCAGUUAUCAUCAUCCUACUAUGGGUUUGCUUCACUUUGUCUUCAGCGCUCUUGGAAAGUGCAUUGACCUCAUAAGCCUGCUUUUGGACAUAAAUUUCAUGAUUGUCAACUCACUAGUCCGGUUGUUUGCAGCGCUCAUGCACCUGAUCAGCAGUUUACCCAUGCUGCUCAAUAGUGCCCUGUUGGAGUGUGUGGAUCUCUCUCUGUUCUACAUGAUCACCAUGAUGGAUGGCAUGACUGUUGUGACCCACAAUGUGAUCGGAGGCUGGAUGCAGCUUCUCAGUGGAUUGCUUGAAAGCUGUAAAAUGAUGGGCUACCUUUCUACGCAUUUACUACUGCGCACCAAAGAGCUUCUGCAUCGUGGCCUGCUCUCAGGACAAGGCUUUCUGCGGCAGAUCUGCGAGUGUUUCAGCAUUGUGUUUAGCCUUUUGCUUUACUUUAUCAACACCAUCGUCAAUCUCCUACUCAUAGGAACUCAGAACCUGUAUGCUGUGCUGCUCAGCAUGGUCGAAGCUAUAUCCAGCCCUUUACAGAAAGCUCUUGAGCUGGCCUUGACUGCCCUUACCUUCUUCUACAGCUCCUUGGUGGGCACCUCGCUUCUACUCUGGACGCCAUGCAGACUUGCUGUGGAGCUUCUGAGCUCUCUAGGCCACCUUUUGAUCAGUGUCUUCUUGCUAAACUCUUAUGGGCUGCUGCUGACAGUAGCCAUAAUCAUAAGUGCCACCGUCUACCUGAAUCCCGCUCUGUGUCAGAGAGGAGUCCGGCGAAUAAUCGACCAUGUUAACGCAGCGCCCACUUUGCAGCGGCUCCAGAGAACACGACAGCGUUUGUACUUGCUGGAAAGACACUUGUGGCAGGGCAUAGUCUGGGUGCACAGUCGGCUUGGUCUUUGGAUGACGUUUGUAGGAAGGGGGACUCUAAGAACAGGAGAUGGGAUGGUUCAGCAAGUCAACACAGAGCAAGAGCCUAACGACGUGCCUGAAAGAGCGGAAAUGAGGGAUGACGAUGCUGUAGACGAGCCCCAGGCACUGCCGCCAGCUCCUGACCCUUCAGACCAGACGCACGCUAGUUGCAGCUCUCACAGACCCCUGCGGAAAAUGGCGUCUGAGGAGAGCUGCAAAGCCCGCCCUUCUGAGAAGCUGCUCACACUCCUUCAGGAGCAGGAGGAGAGAAAGAAGUGCGUCAUCUGCCAGGACAGCACCAAGACUGUUGUGCUUCUGCCCUGCCGCCACUUGUGCUUAUGCAGAGACUGUACCAACAUCUUGCUGCGCCAACCCAUCUACCAACACAACUGCCCACUGUGUCGCCACAUGAUCCUCCAGACCAUGGACGUAUAUCUCUGAAAAAAAUUUUUUUAAUUAACACGUCGAUGAAUCUCAGGUUAACAAAGCACGGCUAUUUUCCCCAUCGUGAGCUGCGUUAGUCAGUAAAGCUGUGCGUAAUUUCGUCGUCCGUUCCACUGUGCGGAAACUUUUGCUACUUUCGACUGUAAAUACAUAUGAAUGUUCUUUUGUAUGUUUUUUUUUUUCUUCUUCUUCUUCCCACAAUUUAGCUUUUGUAUUGAUGCACACUAAAGUUUUAUACUGGAUUGUUGAAUACAUGAUUGUAAGUUUUACUUGGGAGUUAGAACUGCAAAGAUUAUAUCAUUUUAUUGCAAUCCAAAACAAUGUAUGCACUAUCCAGUGGCCUAAACGUGAGCUGUUAUUAGGCACAUAUUUUGUGAUGCAGUACUCUAGCCUUAUAAUGUGAAUGACUUGUUAUUGCCUGACUGAUUCCAUUUGUUGAACUGGUUUAUCGAUUUGCUCCGAGUGCUUUUUGCGGAACACGUUGUUCUACUAUUCCUGGAAGUCAUCUUUUUUUUUUCAGGUCUCGUGUUAAAAAUAGUUGAUAUCCGAGCUGUUUCGUUAAUCCACUUUAGACAUUGAUGUCUUGAUUUUAGUGUAAAUUUGUGUCCUUGGAUAAAUGCUGUUGAUUUGUGCGAUUAUGAAAUUCCGACAUCAGAAAUGCUAAGGCUGUCGUGUUAUUUUAUUAGACAAGAUCAUAUUAAAGUCUUAAGAAACACAUUCCUGAUGAAAGACUUAAGCAAAUGAGUCUUGACCAAAUCAAUCCUGAACCAGAUUAUGUUUUUCGUCAGUUAUACAAUAAAUACAGUCUGCAUAUUUACUAUUUAAAACUGAAACAGAAUAUAAUCAGGGACAUAUCCCAAGCUUUAACACCAAUGUUCUGUGUUUACACAUGCUUACAGUAUUACGCCAUUAUUGCUAUCAUUGUUGAGUGUGAUUCACUGCAUUCUGUUGUUGUGGGCAGAGUAACCAACCAGACAUUAACCAAAUACGGAAGGUUAAACUGUGGUCUGUCAAUUUUUUUAAAAAAUCCAGUUCAGGUUAGUGUAUGCAGUUUUCUUUUCUUCAUUAGAUGUGUGUGCAAUUGACUGUGAUGGAGACUGGGGCCACCACAGAAGAAGACUUUAACUAGUAAGAUGCUUAAUAAAGUGACAAGUUACGUGGUGUUCAAA